CUUCAUACAUCAACUCUAAAAUAGUGGUUAUGACCAGAACCAAGGAUAGAAGUCACACACAGGGCAGGAACAGAGUCCUCUGCUGUUGGCUGAAAGUACUACAGGUUACUGCAGACCAUAUCAUAUAAGUUGUGACAAUGCAACAGGCUUCCACACCAUUGACACAUAAAAUAUAUUUUAUACUCCCUGACUAUGUGGGGGAAUAGAAAGAUGGUUAAUGCCUGAAUAAUAGAUUGGGCAACUGGAUUUAGUGUGUAGACAUAAUGGUAAUUUCUAGUUUGUUUGUAAAAUAUGGUAAAUACAAAGAUAAAUUAUGUUCUGUGUUAGAGGAGUAAAUGAAACCUCAACAUCUCAGAGACAGGGCUGCUGAGAGACAGGUAGAGAGAGGGAGUAAAGCAGUGAGGCAACAUGUUCCCACAGGGUUAUUCUGUAAGAACAGGUUCUCUGACAGUUUCCAAAGGUUACAUGAAAUCAUUUGAAAGAUAAAGCAAAGGGAAAGUAUGAAUACAUAAUUCUCACACAAUUGAUGAUGCCAUUAGCUUUGCUUUCACAUUACUGCCAAGAAAUUAGUUUUUCCCUGCUGGUGGCUAUAAUAAAUUGUCACUUGUUCACUACCAACUCGUGCAGGGUAAUCAACCAUUAUUUCUUGUGUACUACUUGAAAAAAUAGUCAGUGCAUUAUGUGACCUAUGAAUGUAAAAACUGGCGUUAUGUAGGGACUACUCUGGAAAGCCCCUCCCCACUCCUUCCCGUUUCAAACAGUAGGAAUUUUCAUGGCACCACUUUUGUGACGUCAACUGGCAUUUCAACAGAAUCAACAGUUUAGAAUAACUUUAUAUUGUUUUUUGCCAUUUCACUUGUCUUGUUUCUUAAAAUGUUGAAUUACAAAUGGCUAACGUCACCAAGUCAGUGGCUAGCUUAAUGUGCGAGCGUGAGACUGUGUUUUGUAUUCUGUUUGUAGCACUGCAAUUCACAAAUUUGUUAAUAUAGGAAGACUGCAUGUGUUUGGAGUUUCAACUUUCAGCUGGCUAACGUGGGUGCACAGGCGUUUCUACUAGCUAAUGUUACAUGUACCGGUUAGCUAUUUAGCAAGGUACACAAACACAUAAAUUUAUUUUUGUUUAUUUCAUAUGACCUACACCUAGGCUGUAACACUUCUGAGGGUUUAUCAGCAUUGCCAGCCAGCUAUAUUUCAACUCGUUCAUUUGUAUGAUGCACCUUCAAUGGGCAGCAGUAGGAUAAAAAUUGGGAAGACGACGUCCGGGGCGUGUAGUUAACUUGUAGCAUUAGCUAUGUUUUUUUUAGUUGGUAGUAAAGUUAAGGUCACACGUUUUGCUAGAAUAAGGUUGAGCUAGAUUAAGUUUAUUUUACUACAGGUGUUGUUAGUGCUAAACCUUGCUCUGUUUCUGCUGUCUGACAACCCGGUAUUUUUGGGAGGUGUGUCUGAAUAGAAACAUAAUUUGUAAAGUGUGAUUUUAUGUGCUUAACUAGCAAGCUGAAAACAAGCCUGCCAAUAUCAAUCACUCUAAAUAAAGUAUGGAUAUAGUACAGUAAGAUGACAUGCAGUGAAACAGGACUAAUAACCUGUAAAUGAAAGUAUUAACCUCUAGUACGAAACAGCAGUAGAAUUAAACCCUUCUAUCCAGGUGUUUGGCAGCUAACAGUCAGUGGUGGAUACAUUGCUUAGCAUUGCCCGUUUUGCUUCUAUACUGUGCUAUUGGGCUGGUUUAACCACAGUUAAAGCCACCUUUUGGUCUAGUGAAAUUGUUGUUAAAAGCAGAGACGCUUAUAUUUUAUUCUACCAGCAAGUUGUUACAUUGGACAUUUAGAAAAUUAUCCUGAAAGUUUCAGCUUCAACUGAGAAACUCCCUUGAAAAUGUACACUAUAUGCACUAUAUCUACAGAAAAAAAUGGAUGGCUGUGUAGACAUACUGAAGUGAAUUCAAAAGACAAAUGUAUUUCACACCAUAUGAGGUUAGGGUUAGAGUUGUAGAGCUUAUGCUGUCCAGUGCCAGACACAGGUUGUGGCAAUAAAAAGGACAAAAAGGUGUGAACAUUUGUCAUAAAUCUGGAGAAAUAUUGGAGAAAUAUGGGAGAAAUUGUGAAUUCCCGGGAGGAAACUAGGAAAGGGCAAAACGGAAAACGUGAACUAAUUGUAAAUGCCUCAUAAGCAUAAUUGAAUGGCUCUUCAAAAUUUGGGUGAAUAUGUCAUCAAAGGUUUGGAAGAAUUGAUCAAUUUAGUUUUUACUUGCCAUGAAUCUCAAAAGAAUUUACAGUAGACUGGCUUAAUCCUGCUGCCUGGAGUUGCAACAGCUUAGGUUGUUGUUAUUAUUAUGUUAUUGCUGUCUCUUCUACAUUCGCCCCUUCUGUACUGCUCUUUGGUUUGGCUGUCACAUGAGAUUGUACAAUAACAUCAGUUUCAUUCUGCUGGUCAAUAUGUUCAGUUUGUUUGUUUAAAUGUUUCCUAAAACCUGAAAAGUACCAAACGCAUAGCCACAUCCAGUCUGAGCACAUUUAAGGCAAAGAUUUCUUUCAAGCCAAGUAACCAUGAACUAAUCGUUAAGGCCUAAUGAGCAUAUUACAAUAUUACAUUACAAGAAAUUUCAAGCACUAACAAAGCAACAUUGCCCUUGCUUCAGCACCUCUCUAGAAGCUUGCCUGAUACACCCUCUCCAAACAUCAGAACUAAAUCCUGUUCAACAUAGGCUGGGGAUUGGUGGGUGACAAUUUCAGGAUUUCACAGCUGAACAAAGUUUAUAGGUGUGUUGCUUGUUUGAGAAUCACUAGACAACCCCUAUGCUGUCUAAAAAAUAAUGACAAAUAUUCACCAAGCCCGUGAGUUCUUUGAAACGUGGAAAUAUUUCUUGACUGCUGGGGGUCACAGGCUCUGUUGUGGCGAUCGACAAAUCACGUUUUUUAUUUUUAUUUUAUUAAAGUACAUAAAAACAGUAUGGUCCGGCAUUGGAUUAUUUUAACUUCAUCUGAAAACAAGAGUGACAGCACAUGGGCUUAAACCAUUUCCAAAUUACCAAUUCUUCUCUGCCAAAGUCAGCUGCUGGUAUGUUCUUUUCUGUUUUCAUCCACCAAGGACUUCGGUUCGAUUGUGUGCUCCUGCUUCACCAAGUUGGUAAGAAUGGUGUUACGGCUUCCGAGGGCAGCCGUCUGUGUGUCACUGUUGCUGCUGUGUUUCCCCCUACAGGUGGUAGGUACACUGUGAGGCGGGGGAUUGGCUGGCAUUUAUGAGUUGGUACCCUGAAGCGUACCGACAGAGAUUUCAGGAGCAUAAAAGAGAGCAGGGCCAGACGUAUGUUGAGUUCGCUAGAGAAAAGGGCGUAUUGUUUGACAAAUGGACUGCUGCCAGUCAGGUAACUGAUGUUAGUUCACUCAGGGAGCUAAUGCUUCUGGAGGACUUUAAGAAGUGUCUCCCUGACAGUGUGGUGAUGUACCUGAAUGAGCAAAAGGUGCAGACACUGGCAGCAGCCGCUACCUUAGCUGAUAAGUAUGUGCUUACGCAUAAGACUGUUUUCUCCACAGUAGCAGGUGGUAAACCUCACAGUAUCCGCCACACUCCACCCUCACCGCCGCUUAGCCCACCCAAAGCAACACAAGCUAAGAAAGAUGAUCGUAAGUGUUACUACUGCCAUCAGAGCGGACAUGUAAUUGCUAACUGCUACACAUUGAAACGUAAGGAGCAAUCUCCUAGAGUUUCCCAGCCUAAGGGUGUCGGUUUGAUCAAAGCAGAGUCCCACACGCUUAGUCAUAGAGAUGAGUGUACAGAUGUAGAUGCCUGCUUUAAGCCCUUUGUUUUCGAUGCGUGCCUAGUUAAAGUGUUACGAGGCACUGCUUGUUCUCAGUCAGUGAUUUUAGCCUCAGCCUUGCCUUUCACUGAUCAGACAACGUGUGGUUUUGGUUCCGUAUUACGUGGCAUCGAAAUGGGAUAUGUUCCCCAGCCGGUGCACCAGAUACAUGUACAGUCCGACUUAAUUACUGGUUUCUUCCCAGUAGCAGUGUGUCCUGAGCUACCUGUCCAGGGUGUAGUACUCCUGAUGGGUAAUGACAUUGCUGGAGGCAAGGUUACCCCUAGACUAGAGGUCCUGGACUCGCCGCCGGGUAAUGUAACUCUCUCUGAUAAUACUGAUUUGGUUAAAGUGUUCCCCGCCUGUGUGAUCACCCGUGCAGAAGCUCGUAUGAGUAGGAACGAAAGCCUUGACAUUAACUUAUGUGACAGUGUGCUCAUGCCAGCUUUCACAGGUGUACCUGACCUGAAAGAGGUGGAGGAGAAGCCUGACAGGGGACCUCAGUCUGAGGAGGCUGAGGCAAAGAAGCCCCUAGGUUCUGAUUGUCUGCCGGUCACCCGUGAGUGCCUUGUUGCUGAGCAGAGAGCUGACCCAACACUACAACCGUGUUUCGCAAAAGUGGUGGUACACUGUGAGGCGGGGGAUUGGCUGGUCUUCGGGGAAGUCUGGCUGAUCCUGCCUCCCACAUCCGACGAUCCUGAUUGGAGCAGCGCACCAACCCUCCUCCAAUUGCUGAGCUGCCUGCAGGACCGCCUUCGCGCCUUCUCCGUCAAAUAGGCUGGUCUGCUGCUGGAUUGAGGCAGCUACCAUUUGCCAUGUAGUUUGCCCCGACGCUGGUCCUGACAUUGAACGCUGUGUGUGCGUGUCCUUGUUUGUUAGAUCUGUGUGUUAUUGAGAGUUGGUAACUCACCCGGGUUGAUCUCAGUAUUGGUCUGCAGAAUUGGGCUAGGAGAAGCUCAUCACUGAUUACUUACACCUGUUAGAAAUUACUUGUUUUAGAUACACUAGGUUUAGGGGUGCUGCGCUCCCUGUGUUUUGGUUUUUGAACGACGGCUAGAGAGGUUUUUGUUUAUUCUUUUGUAAGUAGUUUAGU